AUGGCGCGAGAGACCAAGCACGACGAGGUAGCAGUAGAUGACGACUCGUCCGACGGCGACGAGCCGUGCCUCGCCUACAUGUUCGACGGCGCCGCGGCGACGGAGGAGCGGACGCUCCAGCUCACAAAAGACAUCGCCGUGCGCUACUACUGCCUCGAGGCGAGCGAGGACGCGGCGAAGACCGCGCACAUCAGCGGCCACUCGGCCUGGCCCGCGGCGGCGACGCUCGCGAAACGCGUCGUCGAGGACUGGGACCUCCUGCCGCAUCGCUCGGCCCUCGAGCUCGGCUGCGGCUGCGGCGUCGUCGGCCUCGCGUGCGCGGCGCUGGGAUGCCAAAGGGUGGAGUUCACGGACCGCGACGAGGGCGCGCUGAAGCUCGCGCGCCGCGCCGUCGAGCUCCAGGGCUUUUCCGGGUGCACGGCGGCGCGGCGGAGCUGGGGCGCGGCCGAGUUCGCCGGCGAAAGGUUCGACCUCGUCGUCGGGAGCGAUUUGAUCUACGACCCGGGCGUCGUGGGCCCGCUCGUUGCGGCGGCGGCCGCGGCGCUCGCGGACGGCGGCUGCUUCCUGCUCUCGCAGAGCUUCGCGCUCGGCGACGAGUCGACGGCGGCGCUCAAAGGGGCCUGCGCGGCGCGGGGCCUCCGCCUCGAGCUCGUGGAAGAAGACGGCGCCGCGACGUUCUGGCGCGCGCGGCGGCGCGAGAGCGUGUCCGCCAUCGCCGCGCGGUGCCCGGCCUUCGAGCUCGCGCCGCUGCGCUUCCUCGUCUGCUGGCGGGGCGUCCUCGCGCUCGCCUUCGAGGGCUGGCCGCUGCCCGUCGAACGGCUGAAGCGGAAUUUGGACGGCGCGCUCGGCGACGCGCUCCCGGCGGAGAACCCGGGCUCGAAGUGGCCCAAGGUCUCCCUCGCCGCCGUCGUCGACGGCGCGGCGCCGCUGUCGCCGGCGGACUACGAGGCCCUCGACGGCGUCCUCCGGAGCCACGAGCUCCCGAACUCGCGCUGGGCAGUAGAAGCGCUGGCGAUGACGCUCUACGCGCAGCCGUCGCACGAGUUCGUCCUCGACGCGAAGCGCAUCGCCCUCGGCCUGCCGGGCCGCGACGCCGCCGCCGUCUCGGAGGCCGCGCGUUCGUCGGCUGCCGCGGUCGUCGCCGAGACAGCGGAGCCGUCCUACGUCGACCAGGCGAACCUCCCCGGCGGCGCGCCGGAGACGUACCGCGCCGUCGACCGCGGCGCGUCGCUCGUCGCCUUCCUCGACGACGCGGCGCUGCGCGCGGCCGUCGACGCGCUCCGCGUCAAAGUCGACGCCGCGUUCCCGGGUCGCUACGCGUGGUUCGACGCGGACGCGCGCCACUGCACGCUCCGGGCGCUGGCGUAA